UAAGAUCCUCUCCGUCUCUCUCCUCUUCUUCCCCCCAUCAUCCAUUCCUCGUUUCUCACUCUCGCGAAUCUCACCACCCAUUAACAAAAACAAACACAGGAACAAGAAAUCUUUCUUUCUUUCUUUCUUUCUUUUCUCUCUCUCUUUUUCUCUGUUGCUGUAUAACGGAAAAAGCGUGGGGAGGUGAAUGCAGUUUAGCUCUCCUGGAUUGAUUUUCUUCCUAAUGGACUCGAUCUGGAGUCGUGAUGGCGUACCUGAAGUUAAACAUUUCUCCAUUGCUAUCUUUUUCGCCAUCUUCUUUAUUGCUGCUCAUUUCUUCCUAGAUGCAUUCCUUUUCCAAAAAUUUGCAAAAUGGUUAUUAAGUGAUGGAAUUGUUCCAUUAAAGAUGACAAAGUCUAUAAAGAGAAAAGUUGCAAAAUGUUCAGAGUCUAUGUGGAAGCUAACAUAUUAUGGUACUGUUCAAGCUUGUCUUCUUACUGUUAUCUACCACGAACCAUGGUCCAGGGAUAUAAAUCAAUACUUCAAAGGCUGGCCUAAUCAAGAGCUCAAGCUUCCUUUUACGCUUUUGUACAUGUGCCAAUGUGGAUUUUACCUAUACAGUAUCGCCGCACUCCUGACAUGGGAAACUCGCCGGAAAGAUUUCUCCAUAAUGAUGUCUCAUCAUAUUGUGACUGUGUUUCUAAUUGGGUUCUCAUACUUUACAAGUUUCUUCCGGAUCGGUUUGAUUGUUGUUGCCCUGCAUGACGCAUGUGAUGUAUUCAUGGAAGCUGCUAAAGUCUUUAAAUAUUCUGAAAACGAAUUUGCAGCUAGCGUCAUAUUUGGUUUCUUUGCAGUCUCAUGGGUCAUUCUGCGGCUGGUAUUUUUUCCAUUUUGGGUGAUCAGAUGUUCCAGCUACAAUCUCAUUGAGGUCUUGAAGCUGUCAGAGGCUUAUCAUACAUUCUUGUACUAUUUCUUCAAUACAAUGCUAUUGACUCUACUUAAUUUCCACAUAUACUGGUGGAUUCUCAUAUAUUCGAUGAUCAGGAGACAGUUGAAAAAUAGGGGAAAAGUUGGAGAAGAUAUUCGAUCAGAUUCAGACGAUGACUAGUAAGGUGAUGAUAAUUUGAAAGAUGGAAUUGAUGUUUCCUAGUGGAUGUUUACAUCAUUCUCCUGUUCAUGGCACCAAUCUGGAUCGAAUUUUGCUUGACCUAGUGAAAAUCACGUGGGGGUUCGUAGAUAAUUCUAAAUUUUUCAUUUGAUAUCCUUUUGCUAGUCCAGAAAAUGUAACUGACCAUAGGGCCAUCCAGUAUAUUCAUGCUCGAUCACCAUCUUCAUUCAUUGUAUACUAGAUAUGUUGUAUAAAUUUUUAUCUCAUCAUUUUUUCUCCUCUGGUUUCUGUUAAUUUUUCUUCUGCUUCAUUGAGUGGUAUCAACUUCUUCAAAGAAAUGAAUGAGAAAUCAACUUGAGUCAGAUUUUCAUUUUA